AUGAGGAAAGAGAAAACAUGGGCGAAAUCUACCAAUCAGCAUCAGGCACCAGACGCUGACCUGCGAGGCAUGUUCUAAAGAGGGAAUAAUGUAUAAUCGCUGCCCGCGCUCUUCGCAGUGAGGGCAUGAAGCUGCCCUGCGUGCCCGUCCUGCCACGAGUGGAUGAGUCCCUAUGGCAAGCCUGAAGCGGGACAGCAGGCUGACCUCCCUGCAGAGCUCGCUAUGUGGGGCUGCAGCCGGGGUACUGAGCCGCUCUGCCACCGCCCCUCUGGAUGUGGUGAAGAUACUCGCCCAGGUGGGCACUUUCCAUUCCAAGGAGGGCUUCUUAAACACUUUCCACCUGCUGUGCAAGACGGAGGGAGUGCGGGCUCUGUGGAAGGGUAACCUCACUGCCUGUGUGCGCCUGUUCCCUUACAGUGCUGUCCAGCUGGCAGCCUAUAACAGGUUGACGUUGAUGUUUAUGGAUGACCUGGGGCAGAUCUCACAGUGGAAAGCCAUCGCUGCGGGAAGUCUGGCUGGAAUGGCAGCAGCAGUUGUCAUCUAUCCCACUGAUGUCGUUAAAACAAGACUUAUCAUACAGAACAGCUUAGAACCUACGUACAGGGGGAUCGUUCAUGCCCUGUGUUCUAUAUAUUAUCAGGAGGGAUUCCGGGCGUUGUAUCGAGGCGUUUCCCUGUCGGCAAUUGGAGCAAUUCCGUUUUCAGCUGGCCUAUUUUUUCUGAACGCCAGUUUGGACAGACUCUGGCAGGAUCCCGGCGUCCGCCUCACACCCCUGCAGAAUUUUAUUAAUGGCUGUUUAGCAGCUGGCGUAGCGCAGACCUUAUCUUUCCCCUUUGAAACCGUAAAGAGAAAAAUGCAGGCACAAAGCCACCUCCUUCCUCAUUGUGGAGGAGUUGAUGUCCACUUCAAUGGGAUGGUUGAUUGUUUUAAGCAAAUUGUGAAGUUAAAGGGAGUGAUUAGCCUAUGGAAUGGACUCACUGCAAACCUGCUGAAGGUCGUGCCAUACUUUGGCUUGAUGUUCUGCACGUUUGAGUAUUGCAAACGAUUCUGUCUCUAUCAAAAUGGCUACAUUGUGUCCCCACUGAGCUAUCAGCUGACUCCAGGAGUAGAUCAAAGCCUCCGUCCGCAGGAACUUCAGGAGCUUCGCAAGUUUAUAAGAGCGAAGAGCUACACCAGCAGAAAUCCUUCAUUAAAGAGCUGAGAGCGAUGGAAAGAGUCCACCUCUCGUUGCCCAGCAUUGAUACUAACCAAAGCCACUGCAGAGCUACAAGCAGCCACUGUCAAGCUCGUGAUACACGGAGGUUUGGUGACAGAUGGGCAGAGAAGCAGCUCUUGGCUUGUAGAGCUAUUUUAGCAAAGUAGCCCCUAAAGCUGAACCGCAGUGGAGUAAUUUUGUGCACAGUAAGCAGGGGCAGCUGUUCAUAUCACAUACCCCCUCCUCUCCUGAAACUAUUAUUAUUUUAUAUAGUGGCAAUGAUGAUUUCACAAAAAUAAAAAAAAAUCUUACCUAGUAGGGUAAAA